UAUAUAUUUGUGUAGCCUUUUCUUGAUUUUCACUACUACCAACUUACUCUAAAACUCUUUGAUGGUAAACAUGGGAUCUGGGCAAUUCUCAUUUCUGCUCUUUCUCUGUUUCUGUCUGCUUUCUUUUUCCUCGUCCAUACCCCAUCUGUGCCACAAAGAUCAAAGCGCCGCUCUUCUAAAAUUCAAGAGAACAUUUAUUAUAGAUCCCUCAUUAGUUACGUGUAGUUCCUACUAUUAUAAGAGUUCAUGGAAUAUGAGCAGAGAUUGUUGUUCAGGGGUGGAGUCGUAUGAAAUAAGAUAAGAUGACUGGCCAUGUCAUUGAACUUGACCUCGGCUGCAGCAGUCUUGUAGGGAAGAUUGAUUCUAAUAGAAGCUUAUUCCAACUCUCUCAUCUCCAAAGGCUCGACCUUUCUUCUAAUAACUUCUCUCAUUCUCAUAUCUCACCUGAAUUUGGCAGGUUCUUGAACUUGACAUAUCUUGAUCUUUCUGACUCCUAUUUCUCAGGUCAAAUUCCUUCUGAAAUCUCUCAUCUUUCCAUGUUACAAUCUCUUUAUUUCUCAGGAGAAAUGCUCAAAUUUGGACCUCACGAUUUUGAAUUGCUCCUUCAGAAUUUGACACAAUUAAGAGAGCUUCAUCUUACUUCCAUAAACAUCUCUUCCACCAUUCCUCCAAUUUUUUCUUCUCAUUUAACAACUCUGAGGCUGAGAGAUACAGGAUUGUAUGGGAUUAUACCUGAGAGCAUUUUUCAACUUCCCAACCUGAAAACACUUAUCUUACAAAACAAUGAUCAACUAAGUGGUUAUUUUCCAAAGACCAAAUGGAACAGCAGUGCAUCUCUCGUAGAGUUAGAUCUCAGUGGCGUGAAUUUGUCUUGUAAUUUGCCUGAUUCUCUCAGCUAUCUAACUUCACUGCAGUCUGUCUCUUAAAAAUUGCAACCUUAGAGGGCCUAUUCCUGAAUCUCUUUUGAAUCUCACACGCAUAGAGGAUUUGGACCUUCAAUAUAACUCCCUAAAUGGAACAAUACCAUCAAAGAUAUUCUCCCUUCCGUCACUAAGUCGUUUAGUCUUGAGCAAUAACCACUUUUCUGGUCAGUUUGAGGAUUUCAAUUCCAAUUCACUAAUAUGGAUUGAUUUACGAAAUAAUCAGCUGCAAGGCCAUCUUCCCAAGUCAAUUCAAAACCGUGUGAACCUAACAGGCCUUAUUCUUUCUUUCAAUAAUUUUAGUGGCCAUGUGGAUAUCAGCUUCUUUGCUGACCUCAAACAACUAUAUUAUCUUGAUCUUUCUCAUUGACCAAUGAGAACAAACAUAAUGUUACUUUGCCAGGAUCUCUUGCGAGCUUACAAUUGGCCGCAUGUGAAGUGAAAGAAUUGGAGUUUCUAAGAUCCGCAAAGCUUCUUUGGCAGUUGGAUCUUUCAAAUAAUCAGAUUCAAGGAAGAAUCCCAGCUUGGGCAUGGUCUAACUGGAUGUUUUUAUUGCAACGUCUUAAUCUAUCCCACAAUAUGCUGACAAGUGUGGACUCAAUUCCUCUUCAGUCUAUAGAAGCUAUUGAUUUAGUUUGAUUGGACUUUUCUAGUUAAAUUCAAAUCAAUUAUGACGGGGUUUCUUUUUACCAAAUCAAGUCAAACCAAAUUACUAAUUGAAUUAUUUUUUUCUGAUUAGACUCGGAUUAUCGAUUUGGUAUGGUUUGUCGAGUACACCUCUACUAUUAAGGUAAUCAUCAAUUGAACUUAGAAUAUGUGAAUAAAGUUAUAUAAAAAUUGAGUCCAAUUAUCAAACACACAGACUUGUCACUAUUUACUACUUAGUAGCAACUUGAUCUGCCUAUAUAUAUUUUGGUAGCCUUUUCUUGAUUU